AUAGUGCUUAAGGUGGCAGCAUUAAAAAAAACAGAGAAAAGGCCAAACUCAUUUAAAAAAUUAACCAGCUUCCCGCAGUUGGUCUUCAAAAACAGCCAGAUUUUACGGGGAAAAAAAAGCGGAUUUGGCAGCACUGACUAUCCUGCCUCAGUGAUAACAAUUGAAAUGCGCGAUUUAUUGUGUAUAGUUUGUUGAAGUCAGCAUGUCGAACGUGGGCAAAAUCCGACUUAAAUCCAUUGUUGAGCUUCAAGCCACGACAAACAUAAAUGUAGCCGUAGAGAAAUCAGUCAAGCCAUCAGUAGAUGUCGGUGAGAAAACGCCUGAAAAGAAAAACCCGGGAAAAACUUCUACUGGUGCUACAGGCAAGAACGGUGCUACAAAGGGGAAAACCAAGUCGGAAGUGAUUCAUGAAGAUGCUUUUAUCAUAGCCAAUGCUACGUUUAAUAAACGUUCGUCUAAGAAAACGCCCCUUCCUGGACAAUUGCGCAUAGAUUCGUUCUUCAAAAGUAGCGCGAAAAGCUUCAAAGUGGAAAGGCUACAAACAUAUCCAUCAGGAAAAACGGGAAUUCCUAAGACAUCCAAAAAUAAGCAAGAUCGAAAGUCUCAAAAAACCCGCAAGCGCUUGUUCGAAGAGGAGGCCACCACAUCAACAACGUCCACUAACUUGUCUGUCAUGGAACCGCUCACCAAGCGGGUACAGCCGCCACGAAAGGCAAGGGGCAAGGAGAAUGUCAUUGAUCUAUGCUCGGAAUCGGAUGAGGACUCUGGAGAUAUGAAAAGCAUAAAACUGGAACCGCCACCAGACAAAAGUUCCAAAGCCGCACGGAUAAUGAACGAACCAUGCCCACCCUCGCCAAUGGUUUCAGUUCGCUUGGUUAACGAUCCAUGUCCACCCUCGCCUAUGGUUUCAAUCGGCAGUGAACUUAUACUUGGUGAUAUUUCCAUUAAAGAAAAUCUGCUCAGUCAGCCCUCGUCAAUAGCCGCCACAAUGGUCUCCCACGAAAGCCGCCGUUCGAAUGCUUUGUCCAAUUUAAAUGUAGGAACUUCAUUGGAGGGGAAUGUUUCGCCUGUUUCAGCCACAAGUGAAAUUGCCAAUAGAGGGGCUGCCCUAGCAUCAGUUACGCCACCAUCGCCAAAGCCCAAUGAAAUCGCUGCAAUUGCUGCUCCAUUGCCAGUUCCAAUUGAAACUGGCAAUGCACGUAAGAAGAGAGCGCCCAAACCAUGUCCGCCCUAUAAAGUUGUUGAGGGUACAAACUUUUGUGUCGAUGGUUUCCAGUUUGGUGCGAUACCCGGAGUAACGCAUUAUUUCCUAACCCACUACCAUGCAGACCAUUAUAUUGGCCUAACCAAGAAGUUUGCAUUUCCACUCUUCAUGAGUCCCACAACGGCUCGCCUGGUGCGUGCCUUUAUAAAACUAGAUGAGAUGUACAUCCAUCAGAUUGAUGUCGAUGAGACAAUCGUAGUAGAUGACAUCGAGGUGACCGGCAUAGAAGCAAAUCAUUGUCCAGGAGCUCUUAUGUUCCUCUUCAGGCUGCCCUCUGGGGAAUGCAUUCUUCAUACGGGUGAUUUUCGUGCCAGCUUUGAAAUGGAAUCGCUACCAAUAUUCUGGAAUAACAUCGACAUAGAUCUGCUUUAUUUGGAUACCACAUAUCUAUCGGCAAACUACGAUUUCUGCCACCAGGCCGAAAGUGUCGAACGAGCGUUGCAUUUGGUGACGAAAUUCCAUGAAAGAUAUCCAGGAAAACGCGUCCUAUAUGUGUGCGGGUCGUAUGUAAUAGGGAAAGAAAAAAUAUGGCUAGCUUUGGCCAACGAAUUCUCUUUAAAAGUCUGGACAGAGCCCCAUCGUCGCGUUGCCAUCGAUUGUCUGGAGUGGCCGGACCUGCAAACGCGACUGACUGAUGUUUCAUACCAAGCCAACUUACAUGUCCUAGCCAUGGGAAAAGUCAGUUAUUUGUAUUUGGCAGAGUACUUUACACAAUUUGAAGAUCAGUACGAUAUGCUGCUGGCCAUUCGCCCCAGCGGCUGGGAGAAGAACAGUAAACCCUCCUUUGGGAAGCGCAUCAGCAUAAUUGGCAUUGAAUACUCGGAGCAUUCCAGCUACAAGGAGCUAGAGAGAUUUGUGCGCUUCCUCAAGCCCAAGCGGGUUAUCAGCACUGUUCCAGUGGGCGGUAAUCUCUUUGUAACGGGCAAGGUGCCACUCAAAUGGCAUCAGUUUAAGGGACGUCUCUCUAUGAUGGCCAGGGGAUAUCAGCCAUCAAUAUCGACGUUUAUGGGCACACCAAAACGCAAUGUUUUGCCAUCAAGCCGAUCAGGGACCGAAAUGGCAUUGAGUCCAGUCGAUGAAAAUGAAUCUGAUCAUGUUACCAUUUCAUCUAGCACCUCGGAAAAAGACGUCACAGUCAAUAAGCGUGAUGAGACUGAAGAACAUCAAGGUGAUGGUGAUGCCAGCAAAGCGGCUGCUCACAAGAGGGAAAGUCCGCUCAAGUCAAAGCCCAGUGCGGGUGAAGCAGCCAUACUCAAUAGAUUCACAUCCGAUGCUUCCGAUGAUUGGCUAGCGGAUGCUAGGAUUGACUCAUAGAAAUAUCAGGUUAUUAUUAUUGCGUUAUUAUGACGUUUUCUAUCUAAAUAAGGAAUUGUUUGUUCUGUUAAAAGUGUAAAAUACUCAGAAUUAUUUUGUUGAUUCAGGGAGACCUUUAUGGAGUACAAUGUAUGUAGAGCUUAUAUGUGAAUACACAAUUUUUUUUAUAUAUUUGCAACUUGAUAUUAUAUAUGUAUAUAUUCCACUAAAUCCACCUUAAUAUUCAAAUAUAUGAAGUUCCAUGUGUGCAGUAUGCUACCUUACUCCUCCCCGUACAUUCUAUAAUAAAUUAAAUUAUAGUUUAUAUAAAGAAACAACUAAAUUUAGUAUAUAAGCAUAGGUAUAAGUAUAAAUGUGAAUAACAAUCAAUCUAUAUCAACAUAGGCCACUUGGGUACUUUUGGGUAUGCUGCAAUUAUUCAGUGCUAAAGAAUACGAAUGAGUUUUGAUUACUUUUCCACUGAUAUGUUUGAUGUGUAAGUAUGGUAAAUAUGUAAAUUAUAUGAUAAAUCGCUGCAGCGUUUAGUUUUUUCUUUGUUUUUUUUUUUUUUUUGGAAUGGCCUUCAUUUAGAAUUAUAUUAGAAUCCGUUUCUUUUCUGGUUUUAAAUUUUAUGCACACCACACCACAUUUGACU